CCGCUCCUUUCCCGCCGCCGCCUCCUAUAGCCACCCUUCCCCCUACCCCCAAAAAUCCCCCACCUCCCAAUCCCCCAAACCCCUCCUCCACCUCCACCUCCGCCAUGGGCAGCUUCGCCUCCCCCCUCGACGCCGCCCCCGCCCCUCCCACCGCCAAGCCCUCCCCUCCGCCGGCGCCGGCGCCGGCCAACGGGCUGGUGACCCAGGAGGAGCUGAAGCGGGUGGCGGCGCACCGGGCCGUGGAGAUGGUGGAGCCCGGGAUGACGCUGGGCCUCGGCACGGGCUCCACCGCGGCCCACGCGCUGGACCGCCUCGGCGACCUCCUCCGGUCCGGGGAGCUCGCCGCGGUGGCCGGCGUCCCGACCUCGCUCAAGACGGAGGCGCACGCCGCCAGGGUGGGGAUCCCGAUGCUGCCGCUCGGGGAGGCGGGCGGGAUCGAUCUGUCCAUCGACGGCGCCGACGAGGUCGACCCGGAGCUGAACCUCGUGAAGGGGCGGGGUGGGUCGCUGCUCAGGGAGAAGAUGAUCGAGGGGUCCGGGGGAAGGUUCGUCGUCAUCGUCGAUGAGUCCAAGCUCGUCCCGCGGCUCGGCUGUACGGGCGCCGUCCCCGUCGAGGUUGUCCCCUUCGGGUGCGACCACACUCUGGGCCUCGUCCGCAAGGUGUUCGACGGAUUGCCUGGCUUCAGCGCGAGGCUCAGGACGGUCGCCUCCAAGGACGGCGAGGGGAAGGAGGAGAUGUUCGUCACCGACAACGGCAACUACAUCGUCGAGAUGUUCUUCGAGGAUGGCAUACGCGGCGACCUCAACGAGAUCAGCGACCGCCUCCUACGGAUCACCGGCGUCGUCGAGCACGGCAUGUUCCUCGGCAUGGCCACCUCGGUGGUCGUCGCCAAGAAGGACGGCACCGUCGCCCUGCUCCACAAGAAGAAGUAACCGCCCCGGCAGCGGCGGCGGCGCCACCACCGACGCCAAAAUAAACCAAGAUUUUGCAGCGAAGCGAGGGCAGCCCCAGCAGCUGGUGCCCCUCCCCAACCCAAGUAUCUAUUGCUCUCUAGUAUGUUGAACUUGAUGUACGUCUCUACUAUUACCAUGAUUUCUCUCUUUUUUUCAUGGUAAUGUUCUUGAGUGAUGCUAUCAAUGGACGAAGCUAAUAACUUGUGGACUUUUGAUCCAUGGUAAUAUCAAGUCAAUUUCUUCGUCAUUA